CCGCCAAAAAAAGGGAAGAAGAAGACUACUUUUAUUUUGGGCUGGCGAUCUGACGCCAUAAGGCUGCGACUCGCUCCACUGUCUGUGAUUCGGCUGAAGGAAGGAUAGUGUCCAAACACAGGAGAAACUCCUGGAGAAACGACUGAGAUCCACGUGACAAUCUGAUAUAAAGAUGGUGUUUAUUAAAGAGGAGAGUGAAGAUUUGAGGAUUGAAGAAACAUUCAGAGUCAAACAGGAAGAUACUGAGGAACAAACAGACCUAAUGGCACUGAAAGAGGAAAAAGAAGUACUUAAUGAAAUUGGAGAGGAAGAUCAACAUGAGGAUCUUCAAAAGACAGGAACUAGAAGUUAUUUUGCUUGUUACAGUCAACAAGGAAACUUUAAAGUCCAAAUGAGAAUUCACACUGGAAAAAAGCCUUUUACUUGUGAACAGUGUGGGAAGAGUUUCACUCUUAAAAUAGGUCUUAAAAGGCACAUGAAAAUUCACACUGGCGAAAAGCCUUACAUGUGUCCUCAGUGUGGAAAAAGUUUCUGUCAAAGUGGAAACCUUAAAGUCCACAUGGGAAUUCACACUGGGAAGCGCUAUAUCAUCUGCCAACAGUGUGGGAAAAGUUUCACUCGUAAAGCAAAUCAUGACAGACACAUGAGAAUUCACACAGGAGAAAAGCUUUACACAUGCCAAUACUGUGGAGAGAGUUUUGCUCAACGUGAAAACCUUACUGUUCACAUGAGAGUUCACACCAGAGAGAAUUCUUACUUGUGCCACCAGUGUGGAAAACGUUUCCGUCAACGUCGAAACCUUACAGUCCAUAUGAGAACUCACACUGGAAAAAAGCCUUUCACCUGUGAACAGUGUGGAAAAUGUUUCACUCGUAAAUUAGGUCUUAAAAGGCACAUGAGAAUACACAAUGGGGAAACUCCCUUCACCUGCCAAUUUUGUGGAAGAAGUUUCAAUCAAAAAGGAACCCUUAACAGGCACAUGGGAAUUCACACUGGAGAGAAGCCUUUUUCCUGCCAGCUGUGUAGAAAAACCUUCACCCGUAAAAUAGGUCUUGAAAGGCACAUGAGAAUUCACACGGGAGAAAAGCCUUAUAGAUGCUCUCAAUGUGCAAGAAGUUUCAUUCAACAUGGAAACCUGACAGUCCACAUGAGAAUACACAAUGGAGAGAGUCCCUUCACCUGCCACCAAUGUGGAAAAAGUUUCAAUCAUAAAGGAAGCUUUAACCGGCACAUGAGAACUCACACUGGAGAGAAGCCUUACAUCAUGAGAAUUCAUUGUGUUAAGAUUUUGGAUAGACUUUGGAUCAUUAUUGUAAACUUAUAUGCCUUCAUUGUGGAAAGGCAAUAA